CCCACAGCAGCAGCAGCAGCAGCAGCAGCAGCAGCUGUUCACUGUCCCCGUCAACUGUUAUUCCUCUGUGGAUGUGCUGAUACUGAAUCACUCACUGAAGGGGAAACAGUCAUCGCUAUGAGUGAAUUGUGACUCACAACACAUGUAGUCGUCCCGAGAAUACACAUGAUUGUACGUGAAAUACCAGUCAUAUCUGUUAUCAUGUUCAGUACACCGUACAUUUUCCACUGUGUACGAAUUUGUUAUCAGACAGACAUCAGUAAAAAACAAUGAAAAGAUCAGAGGUUAUUUCUGUGUGGCUGUACAACAAUGUUGUAACUGAUCACCAGGACGACAAGGCUGUGACAGCUGUGUGAGCUCUCCGAUUUGGCCAACCAGAAUUCUUCGCGGAUGGGCUUGUUGGCUAUAUUUAGAGGGGCACAGUUAUAUUGAAGUGGCCUCAGAGCUGACUGCCUAUAGUUCUCCGUCUGCACCAGUUGGGCCAGCUGAUUGGAAACUGCCUCCGGUUCAUCCACUUCCUGUCCGAAAAGAAUGGAUCCCCAAAGCUUGAGGGAAGAUCUCCGUCUGUUCCAAAGUACUUUGUUACAAGAUGGUCUCAAGGAGCUUCUGAAUGAGAAUAAGUUGAUUGACUGUAUACUGAAGGUUGGGGACAGAAGCAUCCCCUGCCAUCGGCUCAUUCUGGCAGCAUGUAGUCCUUAUUUCCGGGAGCUUUACUUCUCUGAGGAAGGAAAGGAAGAGAACAAAAUGGAGAUUGUUCUGGAGAACCUGGACCCCAAUAUUAUUGAGGUGAUUGUGAAUUACAUGUACUCCGCUGAAAUUGACAUAAAUGACGACAAUGUGCAGGACAUUUUGGCUGUUUCCAAUCGCUUCCAGAUCCCAUCGGUGUUCACAGUCUGUGUGAACUUUCUGCAGAAGAAGUUGUCAAUGAAAAACUGCCUUGCCAUCUACAGGCUGGGACUGAUGCUGAACUGCGCCAGAUUGGCAAUAGCAGCUCGGGAUUACAUUGCAGAUCGGUUUGAGACCAUAGCCAAGGAUGAGGAUUUCCUAGAGCUUGCUCCCCCUGAAAUCUUUGCUAUUAUUGGAGCAGACUCCCUGAAUGUAGAAAAGGAGGAGAUGGUGUUUGAGGCUUUGAUGAGAUGGAUCCAGAAAGACAAAGAGAAGCGCGUAAAAUCCUUAGCAGAGGCUUUCAACUGCAUCCGCUUCCGUCUGCUCCCAGAGAAGUACUUCAAGGAAAAGGUGGAGAAGGAUGAACUCAUCAAGGCCGAUCCUGAGCUUCUCAAGAUACUCAAAGUCAUCAAGGAAGCCUUUGCGGGAAAGCUGCCCGAGAAUAAAACGGGAAAAGAAAAUGAGGAGGGAGAGGAGAGCAAGUUGCCCGGCUACCUGAAUGACACCCGCAGAUAUGGCAUGUAUGCCAAAGACUUGCUGCUGAUGAUCAGUGACACUGCUGCUGUGGUUUACGACAGCCAGGAGAACGAAUGUUUUCUGGCUGCAAUAGCUGAGCAGGUCCCACGAAACCACGUCAGUCUGGCAUCAAAGAAGAACUGUCUGUAUGUGUUAGGGGGACUGUUUGUCGACGAGGAAGACAAAGAGAACCCGAUGCAGUGUUACCUCUACCAGUUUGACAGUCUUACAGCUGAGUGGAUUGCUCUGCCACCACUGCCCUCUCCCAGGUGUCUUUUCAGCAUGGGGGAAUUUGAAAAUCUCAUCUUUGCUGUAGCGGGAAAAGACUUACAGACCGAUGAGUCACAUGACACUGUGAAUUGCUACGACACUGUAAAAAUGAAGUGGACUGAGACGAAAAAGUUGCCCCUGAAAAUCCACGGCCACAGCGUGGUCUCUGAGAACGGACUGGUGUACAGUAUCGGAGGCAAAACAGAUGACAAUAAAUCCACCAACAAGAUGUUCGCAUACAACCACAAGAGGUCAGAGUGGAAGGAGCUGGCCUCCAUGAAGACACCCAGAUCCAUGUUUGGAGCCGUUAUCCACAAGGGGAGGAUUAUUGUUGCUGGAGGAGUCAAUGAAGAAGGCAUCACGGCUACAUGUGAAGCCUAUGACUUUGGAACCAACAAGUGGUCGCCCUUCACAGAGUUUCCCCAGGAGAGAAGUUCAGUCAACCUGGUCAGCUGUGGAGGGCUGCUGCACGCUGUAGGAGGCUUCGCUAUGGUGGAGAACGAGAACAAAGAGUGUGCCCCCAGUGAAAUCAUUGACAUUUGGCAGCAUGAAGACGACAAGAAGCAGUGGACCGGUAUGAUCAGAGAGAUGCGAUAUGCAGCUGGAGCCACCUGUGUGUCCAUUCGUCUGAAUACAGCCAGAAUGCCCAAACUGUAACAACACUCCGUUUAUUGUCCCAGAUGAGAAAUUAACUUUCACAGGCCUGUACAGAUAUGCCACAUUUAGAACACAUUACAUCAUUUAGGACAUCACAUGACAUGUAUAUGGUUUUACUUUUUUUUGUUUGUUUGUUUAAGAGGUGAUCAGGCGUUUUUCGUAGUGUUCUGUACCUGUGUCUGGAGGGAAAGAUUGUGAAGUAAGAGGAGUGGGAAGGUGGCGUCUGGUGAUAUUGUUUCUGCAAUGUGUGUGAUGGCUCAGAGGUUUUGCUCUGGGAGGUUGGAAGUGGGGAGUCCUAUUAUUUUGGUGGCUAUUGUGGUUGUGCGAGUGAGUUUGCUCCGGUUUUUGACACUAAACAUAUUGAAGAAGCAUGCGGAACAGUAAAGCAGUAUAGGCUGAAUAAUAAUCUUGCUGUGUAAGAUCAGAGUGGCUCAAUGUUUGUCAUUUUAAUACAUCAAAUACCCGUUACCAAUGCUAAGUUUUAUUUAGAAUAAAACUGUAUCAUUAUUUAACUUGUUCAGUGACAUCUAAUUUUGAAAUAACUUUUCCAAUCUCACUUAAAAUAUAGCAUUGCCAUUAACUAAAUUAAAGAAAAUGACUUGCAGAGAAAUAAAAACAUGUAUUUGAUUUAAUAUCAA